AUGACUUCGAUAACUUACGCCUUACUCCUGAUGACAUUACAUGUGACAUCUUCUUUAGAUAAUGGAUUGGCCAGGACACCACCCAUGGGUUGGAUGUCGUGGGCAGCAUUUUACUGCCAAAUCGACUGCGAAUCGCACCCAGAUCACUGCAUAAAUGAGAAACUCUACCAGGACAUGGCCGAUCGAAUGGUUACGGACGGGUUCUUGGCCGCUGGCUACAAUCGUGUUCACAUUGACGACUGUUUGGAUGGAAAAGGAGAGGGACAAAGCAGGUCGACUGGUGGCGGACCAUCAGCAUGCACGACAAAGGUUUACAACUUGGAAUCUAUGAAGACUAUGGAACGGAGACAUGCGAAGGAUAUCCCGGAAAUCGAUGCCGAAACGUUCGCCUCAUGGGAUGUGGACUAUCUGAAGUUGGAUGGAUGCAAUGUCAACACUACACUUAUGCCUAUUGGUUACCCAAAAAUGGAGCGUGCUUUGAAUGGCACUGGUCGCCCUAUUGUCUACGCUUGUGGUUGGCCUUUUCUUCUUCUACAAAGCAGAACUUCUGCCGUGCGAGCGGCGUGCAACUCGUGGCGAAUCUACGAAGACGUGGCCGGAAAUUGGAACUCGAUCUCUGACAUCAUUCGGUUUGUAAACGAAAACCAGGAUAUGUUUGCAGCGGCGCAGGGUCCGUGUGGAUGGAAUGAUCCCGACAUGGUGAUCUACAAACAGCCUUCGCUGCCGAACACACCGAUAAUGUCAAGCACAACUCACGAACCGAAAGUGUUAUUCACUCGUUGUAGGUUUGCCAAAUGUGACCCUGGAUCAAGCCAUGGUACAAAUGACAAUCUGGUAAUAUGGUCUGCACCAUUGAUAAUGUCGAACGACUUGCGAGUGCUGAAACAAGAAUUCAGAGAUAUUCUGUUGAACCGUGACGUCAUCGCCAUUGAUCAGGAUCCUCUUGGAAUAAUGGGCAAGCUUGUGAGA